AUGACUACUGACAAGCGAAGAAUCCUCGUCAAUGGUGGUGGCCCAGCAGGCUCGGUCACUGCCUUCUGGUUAGCAAAGGCCGGCUUCGAUGUCUUGGUCACAGAACGUUCCACAACCAAGCCUUUAGGUCAAGGCGUCGAUGUCACCAACAUGGCAGUCGACAUCAUGAAGUACAUGGGCAUCUAUCAGACGAUCAAAGACAGUACCACAGGCGAGCAAGGCAUCACACUUGUCGACGACGACGGCAAAAAUGUAGCCCCAGCAGUUGGUACUGCUCCAGAGAAAGGUGGCACUCUCUCCGUCACCCAAGAGAUCGAAAUAAUGCGCAGCGACCUCACCAGAGUCGUCGCGGACGCCGCAAAAGCACUGCCCAACGUCGAAUACCGCUACGGCUGCACCAUCGAAGCCAUCAAGCAGGACGAAAAGGGCGCAACAGUAACCCUCUCCACCAGCUCCACCCCCGAACGCUUCCACGCCAUAAUCGGCGCCGACGGCACACGCUCUCGCGUCCGCAACCUCGCCUUCUCCAAACACGCCAACGACACCUGCACAGACCCCAAGAACACCUACGUCGGCUUCUUCUCCAUGGCCGGCGAUCCUUCCUACGACAUUCCCUUCGCUAAACUCCAGCACGCCACGGGGGGCCGCACCGCGUUCAUUCGACCAAUUGAUCGGGGAGGGAGGAGGUCUUCGGGUUAUAUUAUGUGUACCAAGAAGGACGAUGCCCUGGCCCGCGUGGCGGAAUCUCGAUCUAUGGAUGAACACAAAGAUGCCCUGGCGACCCUCUUCAAAGAUAUGCGUGGUGUUGGACCGAGGAUUUUGAAGGGGAUGUAUGAUGCUGAGGAUUUCUAUUUUACGCGGAUUGUGCAGAUUAAGCUGGACUCCUGGCAUAGUGGACGCUGCGCUCUGGUUGGAGAUGCUGGGUAUGCGCCCUCUCCUCUUACUGGUCAGGGCACGACGCUGGCGAUUAUUGGGGGGUAUGUGUUGGCGGGUGAGAUGGCCAGGAGUCCGGAUGAUUUGAAGGUGGCGUUUGGGAGGUAUAGAGAUGUUUUGAAGACGUUUGUGGAGGAGAGUCAGACGAUUCCACUUGGGGGGAGGGCGCCGGAGUUGGUGAAUCCGCAGAGUGAGUGGGGGAUUUGGAUUGUUAGGACGCUGUUCUGGUUUGUGAGUGUUACGGGGGUUUGGAGGUGGUUCAAUUUUGGGAAUGAGACGAUUAAGGUCGAGAUACCGGAGUAUGAGUUCAAGAUCAAGGAGUAG